GAUUGUAUUUUACAAAUAAAUAUCUCGAAUUUACAAUUGAUGUUACUAUAGGUAACAAAUAUAACAAGAACGGUAUCUUUUUAUUUUUGUAUCUCUCUGAUUUUGACCAAAAACAAUCAUAAAAAAGUAGGAAGUAUUUUCAAACCGAUACGCUGAUAAAUCUUUCAUUUCCUUACUUAAUAAUUUCAAUUAAGCAAACACAGAGGAAUCGAGGAUUCUCCCUUCUUUCUUUGUCCAAAGGUAUAAGAAGAAGCACCAUUGUUAGUAGACAAGAGUAAUUAGCAGAUUUUGAAGAUGUCGAUUAAGGGAACAGAAGAGGGAAUAAUGGAGAAUGAGACUGAAGAGAGAGGAGAUGAGUCAAGCAUGAAGAGCUUUCUAUGGCAUGGUGGUUCUGUUUAUGAUGCUUGGUUCAGCUGUGCAUCGAACCAGGUUGCUCAAGUUUUAUUGACACUACCUUAUUCAUUUUCACAAAUGGGAAUGGCAUCAGGUGUAGUUCUACAGAUCCUCUAUGGUUUUAUGGGAAGUUGGACAGCUUAUCUCAUCAGUGUUCUCUACGUUGAGUACAGAAGUCGAAAAGAGAAACAAAAUGUUAACUUCAACAACCAUGUCAUUCAGUGGUUCGAAGUGUUAGAUGGUUUGCUUGGUCCUUAUUGGAAAGCAAUUGGAUUAACAUUCAACUGUACAUUUCUUCUCUUUGGUUCUGUUAUCCAACUCAUCGCUUGUGCAAGUAACAUAUAUUACAUAAACGACAAGCUAGACAAGAGGACAUGGACUUACAUAUUCGGAGCAUGUUGUGCAACCACAGUGUUCAUACCCUCGUUUCACAACUAUAGGAUAUGGUCCUUUCUUGGUCUUGGAAUGACCACUUACACCGCUUGGUACCUCACCAUCGCGUCUCUUGUACACGGUCAAGUCGAAGGAGUGACUCAUUCCGGUCCAACCAAGUUGGUUCUGUAUUUCACAGGAGCCACUAAUAUAUUGUACACUUUUGGUGGCCAUGCUGUUACGGUAGAGAUAAUGCAUGCAAUGUGGAGGCCAAGAAAGUUUAAGUACAUAUAUCUAUUGGCUACACUUUAUGUCUUCACCUUAACCGUUCCAUCGGCUAUUUCUGUCUACUGGGCCUUUGGAGAUCAGCUUCUCACACAUGCUAAUGCUUUCUCCCUCCUUCCUAACUCACCGUGGCGUGAUGCUGCAGUUAUCCUCAUGCUCAUUCACCAGUUUAUAACAUUCGGGUUCGCGUGCACGCCGCUAUACUUCGUGUGGGAGAAAGUGAUCGGAAUGCACGAGACAAAUAGUAUUUUGCUACGAGCGGUCACAAGAUUGCCUGUGGUGAUACCGAUUUGGUUCUUAGCCAUAAUCUUCCCUUUCUUUGGUCCCAUUAACUCAGCCGUUGGUGCACUUCUAGUCACGUUCACCGUCUACAUUAUCCCAUCACUCGCUCACAUCCUCACCUACCGCUCUGCUUAUUCCCGACAAAACGCAGCGGAGAAGCCACCGGCAGUGAUAGGCGGUUGGAGAGGUGCGUAUGUGGUGAACGUGGUUGUGGUCGUUUGGGUGUUGGUGGUUGGUUUUGGGUUAGGAGGAUGGGCGAGUAUGACUAAUUUCAUUAAACAAGUUGAUACUUUUGGCCUCUUUGCUAAAUGUUAUCAGUGUCCUCCUCCACGGCCCCAUCACUGACAUUUGUGCUCCGCCCAUUGGACAAGGGAGUGUUUCUGAGCCAACAACAAAUUGUUGGGAAAUCCACAUGAACAAUGAUUUUUUUUUUUGUUUUAAUGAUCUUGAAAAGAAAAAUAAAUGUACUCUUUCCUUUUUUUUUAGUGUUUUAUGCACAAUGAACUUUAAAUUUUCAACUUGAGAUAUAUAUAUAUAUUUAAAAAGUCUCUACA